UGGCUACGGGCCUGACCUACAAAUUCACGAGUUGAUCCAAACAAAACCAAAGGUGAUGUUGAUGUUGAUUUCUUCUCCCAGAGUAGUCUAGCAAAUUGCUGUGAUUGCGGUUGUUGCGACAAACGCAAUCUUUUUGCGCCUCCAUUUACUGCGGGAUUGCAUUGGUGUACACGCGAAAGUGGUCGUACGGUGGCAGCUGCUACGCACAGGUUUUAAUUUCUAUCACAAACAUGCCGCCCAAAGGAAAGCAAGGCACCAAGGGCCAAAAACAAAUUGAUGAGGAGAAUAAAGCAACCCUCAAGUUUUAUGGCUAUAUUAUAUUAGGAGUGUCUGCAGUAUACAUGUUGUUAACCUUUUUAUUGUUCUGGGACUCAUUUACAACAAUGUACUGGGUGUUAACAAUAUUAACAUUAAUAGUGUAUGGUGGCAGCUAUCAGUUUAUGUCCAGUAUGAUGAAGUCAUCUUUAGAUUUAAACAUGGAGCAAGGCAUGGCAGAACAUAUUAAAGACCUUAUACUUCUCACUGCUAUUACACAGAGCCUGUCUUUAAUAUCUAAUUAUUUUUGGUUGCUAUGGUUACUGGCCCCUGGACGUGCCCUAUACAUGUUGUGGGUGAACAUAUUGGGUCCAUGGAUAUUUGCAGAAGCACCCGAAGAGCCUGAUGAGAAGAAAACCAAGAAAAUGGAAAGAAAAAUGAAGAGAAUGCACUGAGAUUAACGAACUGAAAAGCUCUGUGAUACAGGUUGUAGCAAAAUGUCACUGUCUUUUGGCGACUCCUUAAGGUGAACAAUGUCAUAUAAUUGCUGGGGGAUCCAGGAUUUU